AUGCUUCCGCCACUUCCGCGACUGGCCGACUACGAUGUCUCUCCGGAGAACGGAUUCCUUCCCGCUGAGAUUCCUCUUGACGUCCUGCCUGAUGCGUACUACCAGCCUUGGGAGACCGUUGUGCGCAAUUUCCAGAGCCUGAUCCUCACCAAGCGACUACGUCGGAUAGUUGAAGCGCUGCCAGUGCUAUCGACCGAUUUCCUCCUCACAGAAGCUGAAUGGCGUCGGGCUUACUCGGUGCUUGGAUUCAUCGUGCACGCGUAUGUUUGGGGAGGUGAUAGACCGGCCGAUAUCGUACCACCGCCCAUUUCGAUCCCGUUUCUCAAGAUAUGCCAGCAUCUGGAACUUCCCCCUGUGGCAACGUAUGCAGGCGUCUGUUUGUGGAAUUGGCGACCCCUGUUCAGUGGAGAGCCAAUGGACACUUUGGACAAUCUCGCGACUCACAUGACUUUUACCGGCUCCCUGGAUGAAUCCUGGUUCUUCUUGGUCUCGGUAGCUAUUGAGGCCAGAGCCGGGCCAAUCGUUCCGAUGAUGUUGGAGGCUAUUGCGGCAGCUAGGCGGAACGACAGUACCACGGUCGCGAUGUGUCUCCGAUCUUUCGCAGAGAGACUGGAUGAGCUUGGUACCCUUCUCGAACGCAUGUAUGAGAGUUGCGAUCCCCACGUCUUCUACCACCGCAUCCGGCCAUUUCUCGCAGGUAGCAAGAACAUGACAGACGCCGGUCUUCCGAAUGGAGUCAUCUUCGACGAUGGCACUGGCGAGCAGCCCUACGUUCAGUUCAGCGGAGGCAGCAAUGCGCAAAGCUCCAUCAUCCAGUUCUUCGACAUCGUCCUGGGCGUCGAACAUCGCCCAACUGGCGCAAAGCAAACGGACAGUUCUAACCCCGGGAGCGCGUCUGUCUCGGCCCCCCAACACAACUUCAUCGUCGACAUGCGGCAGUACAUGCCCGGCCCUCACCGCCGCUUCCUCGAGCACAUGGAGGACGUAUCCAACAUCCGAGACUUCGUCACCGCGAACAAAAGCGAUCGCAGCCUGACAACCGCAUACGAUGCCUGCCUAGCCAUGCUCCGGACCUUCCGCGACAAGCACAUCCAGUUAGUAUCCCGCUACAUCAUCAUCAAGUCCCGAGAGAAUCGCUCCUCCCGCUCGCUGUCGCCGAAACAAGCAGCAACCCAACGCGUCAACAUCGCAAACACACUGCAAUCCGGCGGUAGUAAGAAGCUCCGUGGCACGGGUGGUACCGCUUUGAUCCCUUUCCUGAAGCAGGCCCGGGACGAGACUGGGGAACCGGCUAUCGAUGCCUGGGCGCGGCGGUUGCUUAACAAUGGACCAGCGGAGAUGGGAACUAAUGCAGGUUUUGGCGAGGGUGUUGCGAGAUUGGGUAAGGUGAAGGAGAGCCUGAAUGGAGAUGUGGAGAUUGUGGGGCUUGCGGGGACUUGGAGUAUGGAUGAUAAUCUGCCACUGGUAGAAAGACUACCUUUUACUUCUGGAUAG